AUGUUCUUCUGUCUCUGCGGUACCUCAUACCUCGUUGAAGGACUACAUACAGAAAACCCUCGUCCGGUGCAUUCGACACCACAACGGCUUGAGACCUCGCGCGCCCCGCUUCCAAUGCAGUUUCGUCCACAGCCGGCGAGAGAUGAUCUAGAAAUGAGAGACUACAGGCCAGGUAAGGUGCCUGCCAUUUUGAUUACUCCCGUGGCGGAAGAGCCAGAGGUAUCUAGCUCAUACAGGGGCCAAAGACCCCAAUUGAACUCCACCCCGGUCCACCCGCGAGGGAUUCUGAAGCCUCGCACAGAUAGGUUUCCCUACGAUGGUACUCGCCAGUCACAGCCAAUCCAGAGACAGUCAGGGCACGUCCGUAUCGAUAUUGGAGGACAAUCCAACUCCGAACCAGUAUCUGACAUUGUGAAAAUCCGCGUCUAUAGGCGAAAUGGCAACACGGUGACUUCGGAUCACAGCGCAGGCGUUGUGACUGAGAAAGUGAAAAUCAGGCCGGGGGACGUGGUGAUUUGCAAGCCCGGGUCGGAAGAACUAAGGAUGCUCCGUAUUGGUAACCCCCAAGAGCGGCGGCAGUGGUGA